UGAGCGCGCGCAGGGCGCACUCUGACAGCAACCGACGCGGUCCCGCGAGCUCGCGCACUGCGCUCUCGCUUCAUCACUGAGGACACUUUCCGUAUUGAGCUGCUGCGCGCGCGCUUCCCUCGCCCCCCACACAGACACACACACGUGUACACACUGUUAAAAGUGGCUGCCUCACAACUGCUCUCACACACUUCUGAACGCUGCCAGAGCUGGAGGAGCCGCAGCAGGAUGUACCAUGAAGAGCGGGCAACCCUCCUCCGACCGCGCUACGGCUCCAUUGUGGACGAUGAGAGGCUCUCGGCAGAGGAGAUGGAUGAGCGGCGGAGGCAGAACAUCGCUUAUGAGUAUUUGUGUCACUUAGAAGAAGCCAAGCGAUGGAUGGAGGCCUGCCUGGAUGAGGAGCUACCCCCUACCACAGAGCUGGAGGAGGGUCUACGCAAUGGCGUUUACCUUGGCAAGCUUGCCAAGUUCUUUGCCCCCAAGAAUGUGUCUGAGAAGAAGAUAUACGACAGAGAUCAGUCCCGCUAUAAGCGCACAGGACUCCACUUCCGACACACGGACAACACGGUGCAGUGGCUGAGGGCCAUGGAGUCUGUGGGGUUACCGAAGAUAUUCUAUCCUGAAACAACAGAUGUUUAUGACCGUAAAAAUAUGCCCAAGGUGAUAUAUUGUAUACAUGCAUUAAGUUUAUACCUUUACAAAUUGGGAAUUGCACCCCAGAUCCAGGACCUGCUGGGGAAGGUGGAUUUCACAGAGGAGGAGAUCAGCAACAUGCGCAGGGAGCUGGAGAAAUAUGGCAUCCAGAUGCCAGCCUUCAGCAAGAUUGGGGGAAUCCUGGCCAAUGAGCUCUCCGUGGAUCAAGCGGCCUUGCAUGCAGCUAUCAUCGCCAUCAACGAGGCGAUAGACCGAGGUCAGGCAGAGGCCACAAUGAAGGCACUGUCCAAUCCCAAUGCCAUGCUGAGGAACAUUCUGGACUCCCUGUCUCAGGAAUACCAGGACACACUGAGUGUGACCAAGAAGGACAAGGAUGACAGGGCAUCUGGCACGCAGUCUUCGGUAGAAUCUGAGGAGAGAGACGUGUACGAGGAGUUACUGACACAGUCAGAGAUCCAGAAUAGCAUUGAUGCUGUGAACAUUCGGGCAGCGUUACAGCAGGUGAAUCUGGCUAUUGCGGCUCAAGAUGAGGCUUUCAUAAUGGCUAGUCUCAAAGCACCCGCACUAGGUCUGCUGGGAGUUCUAGAUGCCAAUUCCCGCUGGUACCUGGAGCACUUCACCUCCUACAGGGAACACAAAGUCAAAGGCGGCAGUGCCAUGGUGCAACUCCAGAGGGACGAGAUCCAGCAGGUGGUGAGCUCCUGCAAUGACUUGGCGGAAGCUGAGAAACGAAAGUUAGAGGCCGUCACUGCGAUCAAUGAGGCCAUCCGUCGAGGGAAUUCAACUGAGACAGUAGAGGAACUGCGGAACCCCGAGGCCCAACUGCCCAUUGUGUACCAGAAUGCUGCCAGCUUGUACCAAUCAGAGCUCUUCACCCUGCAGAGACAGAACCCACGGUUAUACCUGGAACACACAGAGCUGUCAGUUGCUGUGGAAAUGCUGUCUGCAGUGGCUGUGUUGAAUGAGGUCCUGGACACCAAAGACCCACAGGCAGUGAUGGAACAGCUAAGCGACUCGCCGCUGGGCUUCAGUAAUCUGGACUCUGAUAACCUGCGGAGGUACUCAGACCGACUGAUCACCUUGAAGCCUGAUGCGGUUGCCAAGGGCCAAGAUUUUCUCACCUGGAAUGACAUUCAGGCGUGCAUUGAUGCUGUCAACGUGCAGGUCCAUGAGGAACAUGACUUAAUCUUGGCCAUCAAUGAGAUCAAUGAGGCCCUUGAUGCUGGAGAGCCGGAGAAGACUCUCUCAGCACUGCUAUUACCUACUGCUAAACUGCAGGGGGUCAACCCAUCCUUGGCCAAACACUAUCAUGAUGUGCUUCAGGAUGCCAAAGACAGCAUACGCAAGAGCUCCAGAGAUGAUUCUGCUGUACUGUGGCUGGACCAGAUCCAAGAUGGUGUCAGCACUGCCAACAAGGAUGAAGAGGAUGCCUUCAAAUUGGCCGAGGCUGUGACAGCCAUAAACCGGGAGGUGUCAGGAGGUGAUAUCCAAGGCUGCUUGCAGACCCUCCAGUGCCCCCAUGCUGGGCUCAAAGGAGUAUUGCCAGAAUGCGCACCUACGUACUACUCAGACCUUGCCCAGAGGCAGACCCUCAAUGCUGAUGAAGGAGUCAACAAAAGCAUGUGGGUAAAGCACAGAUUGAGGGACAGGUACUACUACUACUACAACCUUGAAAGCAAACAGGGCACGUGGGUGGAGCCCAAGGGCUUUGUGCAUGACAACACUCAGCUGACCAGAGAGGAAAUCCAGGGUAUUGUGGGAAGUGUGACGGCAGAGUACAAUCGAGAGCAGCUCUGGCUUGCCCAUGAGCCACUGAUUGUGCAACUGCAGGCCCGGGUUCGAGGGUACCUGGUGCGGAAAGCACACAAUGAAAGGCUGGAGUACCUGCAGACACAGGAGCCUAAAGUGAUUAGGUUGCAGGCUUCCUGGAAGGGAUACAAACAACGGAAGUCAUACAAGGACAGACUUAGGGUGCUUCAGGAUAAUGUAGGCGCUGUUGUAAAGAUUCAGUCAUGGGUGAAGAUGUGGAAAGCCAGACGUAAAUAUUCGAAGAGACUCCAGUAUUUUAAAGACCAUGAGAAAGAAAUAGUCAAGAUACAAGCUUUCCUGAAGGCCAAUAAAGCAAGAGAUGACUACAGGACACUUACAGGAGCUGAGAACCCCCCUCUCUCCGUUGUGCGCAAGUUUGUUCACCUGUUGGAGCAGAGUCCCCUUGAUCUACAGGAGGAGUUGGAUGUCACUCAUCUGAGGGAGGAGGUGGUCACCAAGAUUCGCUCCAACCAGCAGAUGGAGAGGGACCUCAAUCUGAUGGACAUCAAGAUCGGUCUGUUGGUGAAGAAUAGGAUAACCCUACAGGAUGUUGUGUCCCAUAACAAAAAACUGACAAAUAAGAAGAACAAAGACAGCAAAGAUGAGAUUCCCACAGGAGGCAAGCAAGGCAUUAAAGGCCUGAGUAAAGAGAAGAGAAAAAAGCUGGAGGCCUAUCAGCAUCUCUUCUACCUGCUCCAGACCAACCCAACAUACCUGGCCAAGUUGAUCUUCCAGAUGCCUCAGAAUAAGUCUACCAAGUUCAUGGACACGGUCAUCUUCACACUUUACAACUUUGCCUCCAACCAGCGAGAGGAGUACCUGCUGCUAAAGUUAUUCAAGACGGCUCUAGAAGAGGAAAUAAAGUCAAAAGUAGACCAGAUUCAGGACAUAGUAACCGGAAACCCAACGGUUAUCAAGAUGGUAGUGAGCUUCAAUCGUGGCGCACGUGGUCAGAAUGCCUUAAGGCAGCUGUUGGCUCCAGUUGUGAAAGAGAUUAUUGAGGACAAGUCUCUGGCAAUCAACACCAAUCCUGUGGAUGUCUACAAGGCCUGGGUCAACCAGUUGGAAACUGCCACAGGGGAAGCCAGUAAACUGCCAUAUGAGGUGACCCCAGAGCAGGCCGUGAGCCACGAGGAGGUGAGGGCCAAGCUGGAGGCCUCAAACCAGAGCCUGCGCGUGGCCACCGAUAAGGUGCUUAGCUCCAUUGUGUCCUCGCUGGACAACAUCCCUUACGGCAUGAGGUACAUAGCAAAAGUUCUGAAGAAUUCACUGCAUGAGAAGUUUCCAGAUGCCACUGAAGACGAGCUCCUGAAGAUUGUGGGGAACCUGCUCUACUAUCGCUACAUGAACCCAGCCAUCGUUGCACCAGAUGGGUUUGACAUUAUUGACAUGACAGCAGGAGGGCAGCUACAUUCAGACCAGCGCAGGAACCUGGGUUCUGUAGCUAAGGUGCUGCAGCAUGCUGCCGCAAACAAGCUAUUUGAAGGCGAGAAUGCCCACAUGACCUCCAUGAACAGCUUCAUCUCACAAACUUACCAGAAAUUCAGGACUUUCUUCCAGGCUGCCUGUGAUGUCCUUGAGCCUGAGGAGAAGUUCAAUGUGGAUGAGUACUCUGACAUGGUGACACUAAGUAAGCCUGUCAUCUACAUCUCCAUAGAGGAGAUAAUCAACACACAUUCGCUGGUGCUGGAACAUCAGGAGGCCAUCUCCCCAGAUCGCAAUGAUGUUCUGCAUGAGCUGCUUGAGGACCUGGGCGAUGUGCCUGACAUCGAAUCUCUUCUGGGGGAAGGAGCUGUGGACCCCAAUGACCCUAACAAGGAGAGUACCCUCAGUCAGCUGGCCAAGACAGAAGUCUCCCUCACCCUCACCAGCAAGUUCGAACUUCUGGAUGGAGAUGCCCAGGAUAUGAGGACUCUGAUGAUGAAGACUAAAAAGCUAAUAGUGGAUGUGGUGCGGAUCCAGCCAGGAGAGACACUCGUGGAGAUCUUGGAAACACCUGCCACAGCACUUCAGGAGGCUGAGCACGUGAAGAUUAUUGAGAAACGUGCAGCACAGGACACCAAGAUGCCAGAUGGAAUGAAGAGCAGUCCAUCUGUGCUGGAGGACCAGCAACUGCCACUGGAGCAAAAGAAAAGGAAGAUCUUGAGAAAUCUGCGCACCCUGGAGCAAGCUGGCCUUGUUUCCUCUGAGAACAAGUACCAGGAAAUCAUCAAUGACAUAUCCAAGGACAUCCGGUACCAGAGGCGAUACAGGCAACGGAGAAAGGCUGAGCUGGUGAAAUUACAGCAGACACUGAGUGCACUUAACUCCAAGACGACUUUCUACCAAGACCAGAUCAACUACUACGACACCUACAUUAAAACCUGCCUUGAUAACUUGAACAGAAAGAAUGCCAGAAGGUCCAUCAAGCUGGACAAAAAGGGGGAGGACAGGAGCAGCCGGAAGUCCAAACAGCAGUCACUUAAAUACACAGCUGCUCGCCUCCAUGAGAAGGGAGUCAUUCUGGAAAUAGAGGGACUGCAGACAAACCAGUUCAAAAAUGUCAUGUUUGACAUUUCACCCAGUGAGGAAGUAGGUGACUUCGAAGUGAAAGCCAAAUUCAUGGGAGUGGAGAUGGAAAAAGUCCAGGUCCAUUUCCAGGACCUUCUCCAGCUACAGUAUGAGGGAGUGGCUGUUAUGAAAAUGUUCGACAAGGCAAAAGUCAAUGUAAAUCUGCUGAUUUUCCUGCUCAACAAGAAAUUUUAUGGAAAGUGAUGCAUCUUGUUGCAAAAGAGGCAUUUAAAAUGGACAGUGCCUUGAGCUGAUUAUGAAAAUGGCAUGACUGGAUCAUUCUUCUCAUUUGAGUAAAACUGGAAUAUAUUCUCAUAUUAGAGCAAGUGAUGAAAAUGGACUGGGGAUCUAAUCAGUUCAGAAAACAAAAACAAUGAAGAGCCUGUAAGAGUAUAUCUUUUUUAUCUUAAGUAAACUUGGAAAUUAUUCAGUUAAUAUCACAGUGUGUUGUCUAAUGAAUAGUUAUGUCUGUUAAUUAAU